AUGACGCGAUUUUCGAUACACGUCAAAAGAUACACUGUUCUACUGGCAUGUGCGGCUUGCCAGUCUUCCCUUCUUUGUGGUUACGAGAUCUCUAUGAGCUUGGUAUCGAAUUUCAUCAAACAGGAUCUCGAUAUGAAGGCGGUAGAUAAAGCUUGUUUCGUGGACACAAUUCAACUCGUCUCCGUCCUGACCAUGGUGCCUUCUGGGGCACUGUCUGACUGGAUCGGUAGGCGUCCUCUGCUGAUCAUCGUCGGAAUGUCAGCGUUUGUUGGGUACUUUGUGAUGACCAUUGCGUCAUCGGUGUCCAUGUUGAUUAUUGGACGAAUGUUGAGCCUUUUGGGAGUCGGACUUGCGCUCCCCACCACCCCGCUUUACAUCGCUGAAAUUGCGACGCCAAAAGUUCGUGGCUUUCUGAACUGUACACCCGAGGUGCUUUCGAUCUUUGGAUCAUUACUAGCUUUGCUGAACAUGGAGAUUUAUUCCAGCGUUCCUCAUCACAUUAGCUGGCGUGUGAUAAUUGGCUUUGGCAUGGUUCCAUCAGGUAUCCUAGCCAUCAGAAUGUUCUGGCUUCCGGAGUCGCCACAAUGGCUCAUUCAUAGAGGCAGGAUCGCUGAAACGUCAAUGGCUCUAUCCAAGACAGCAUCAAAUGGAUCACUUGCCAGUGCUAGACUCAACGAGCUUAAGUUGGCUGCAAAGAUACCAGUUGAUUCUACGGCAAACAUUGUUGUCAUGUCAGAAGAGACGGAUCCUCUUGCUCUGUAUCAGUUUUUCCGGAAUCCUCAACAACCUCGCUUCAAGGUUAUUGUAUCGGUGCUAUAUCUGAGUAUCAUGCAACAAAUUUGCGGAGUCGAUGUCAUCAUAAGCAAUUUCGUCAAAGGAGUCAUACCAAUGAAGAAUCAGAUUUGGUCUCGAGUAUUAGUCGCUUUGGUCAAACUGCUCAUCACCUUAGUUCCGAUGCUUGGAGUGGACAAGAUCGGACGGAAGCCUCUCUUGCUCGUAAGCUUCGUGCUUAUUACUAUUGCCUCGGCUGUUUUGGGGUUUUCUCAUUUGGAAGAUGGAGGCACCAGGUUCUUUCUCUUUGUCUUGAUUGCUGGAUACGCUUUGGGACUAGGUCCUAUAACCGCAGUCUAUAGUACGGAAGUUCUGCCAUUCAAAACCAGAGCUCAAGUCCUUGGGUUAGGAAUGUAA